AACGCUUGUGAAUGCGACACGCGUGGUCCAGCAGCAGGUUGCGGUUGGUUCAGGUCGGGACAGCGGCGCGCUCACGCACAUCGCUCAUGCUGACAUCAAACUUUUGCACAAAAAGAAAAAAGGUUGCUCGUCUCGGAAAAAAAACUACACAAAAACUGCCUGAAAAUGUCCCAAAACUCUUGGGCAGCUGCAGUGGAUGUUCAGGAGGCUACAUCCUCACAGCUUGACUUUUCCAAAAAAGUCAGUGGAGUUCGUGGUCCACGCAACGUGAUAGGAGACAUAAACGGGAAUAUCAUGCCCGUGAAGGCCGGAAAUGGAGGAUGGGGAGAGGAGCGAGUCAACCUGGCCGAGCAGUCUCUGCUGAACAAACUAAUCCGCCGCUCACUGGUGAGGAACAGAAACCAGGUGGAGGUCCUGCAGGCGGACCCCAACUCUCCACUGUACUCGGUGAAGACCUUUGAGGAGCUGAGACUGAAGCCUGAGUUGCUGAAGGGGGUGUACAAUAUGGGCUUUAACAGACCAUCAAGGAUCCAGGAAAACGCUUUGCCUAUGAUGUUGGCACAGCCACCUCAGAAUCUGAUUGCACAGUCGCAGUCUGGCACAGGUAAAACUGCUGCAUUUUCUCUGGCCAUGCUCAGCCAUGUAAACCCUGACAAUAAGUGGACUCAGUGCCUUUGCAUCGCACCGACGUACGAGCUCGCAUUGCAGACUGGUCAAGUCAUUGAGCAAAUGGGGAAAUUUUGUCCAGAUGUGAAGCUGGCAUAUGCCAUUCGGGGAAAUAGAAUGGAGCGAGGAGCCAAGUUGCAACAGCAGAUUGUCAUUGGUACACCGGGCACAGUCCACGACUGGUGCACCAAGUACAAGCUCAUUGACCCCAAAAAGAUCACCAUGUUCGUGCUGGAUGAGGCUGAUGUGAUGAUCGCCACCCAGGGCCACCGGGACCAGAGCAUUCGAAUCCACAGACAGCUGCCGAUGAACUGUCAGAUGCUCUUUUUCUCUGCAACAUUUGAGGACUCUGUGUGGAGGUUUGCAGAGCAAAUUGUUUCUGAACCUAAUAUAAUCCGGCUAAAGCGUGAGGAGGAGACUCUGGAUACCAUCAAACAGUUCUAUGUGAACUGCAAAGAGAAGGAGGACAAGUUCACGGCACUCUGCAAUCUAUACGGGGCCCUUACCAUUGCACAGGCCAUGAUCUUUUGCAAGACCCGAAAGAUGGCUGCCUGGCUGACAGAAAGUCUGACCAAAGAGGGCCAUCGGGUGGCAUUGCUAAGUGGUGAAAUGACAGUGGAGCAGCGAGCUGCUGUCAUCGAACGCUUCAGGAGCGGCAAAGAGAAAGUGCUUGUGACCACGAAUGUGUGCUCAAGAGGUAUUGAUGUGGAACAGGUGUCUUUGGUGGUGAACUUCGAACUCCCAGUUGAUCUGGACGGGAAUGCUGACAAUGAUACAUACCUUCACCGCAUUGGCCGUACCGGCCGUUUUGGCCGACGUGGAUUUGCUGUUAAUAUGGUGGACAGCGAGCACAGCAUGGACAUUAUAAAACAGAUUGAGAUGCAUUUCGACAGGAAAAUCAUCAAACUUGACACCUCCAAUCUGGAAGAAAUGGAGAACCUGAUAAGCUGAAGUUGCAACAACCAGACAUGUUGCCUAAAAUGUUAAUGACCCCCCUUCCCCCAAGGAUUUAUUGUUUGCACUUUUAUUGUUUACAGAUGCAUGCGUGUGUUAACUUUGCAAAACAAAGUUUGCACUUUGAUUUUGUUUGCCUUUGUUCACUGACGUCACCUUAAAGCAUACAGGAGUGUUGGAUUGCAGUGUUCUUUCAUUUAUUUGUGCAGUGAAAUAUUAAUGUAGUUAGUAUAGAUGUUUGCAUGACUUGAGUUUGAUCAAUUAUCCUUGAGUGGCUUAAAGCAUUUUAAAAGUUUAAAAUGCCUGUCUUACUGUAGCGGGAGUCAUAAUUUCAUGUGAGGAUGUUGCUGAGUUGUUUUUUUUUUUGUGGAUUUAAAAAAAAAAAUCUUGUUAAAGCCUGCUGAGAAGAUGACUUAAAGUUUAAAAAAUAAGUUAAUAAAAAGAGAGACAGAGGGAGAGACCUGAUAGCUUUUUCCCCCUUUAACUUUACUGUGUGAUUGUUUCAAUAAAUUUUCCAGAGUUGGCACAAA